GAUCCUGGACACAGCUCCAGGGCUCAGCUGUUCUCGUGUGCCUCUUGGUUCCAUUCUUUUUUCAGCGUGGCAGCAAAAACUGAGCAAAGGUUUUCUUCAUCACUUAAGUGGUCUUAAGAGAGGAUUGCCAGAAUAACAGAGCUUAUGAAAGGUGCCAACACUGCCUUCUCUGAUGACUUCUGCAAUGCUCUGGCAGCCCAAGAAGGCAGCAUGAUUUAAUCUUCAGGCGAUCUAUGCUCUAACAGAUCCCCGGCAAUGCCUGUGCUGCUGCCUGUAUGGCUGGCUCAGUGUCCCCGCUGGGAAAUUUGUAGCACCCAGCCGCUGGCAUCUUCUCCUGGCGGAAGCUCAACCAUUUGAAGAGAAGGGGAGGGAAAAAAAAAUCCCCAUCAGGAUGUUUGCACAUGUUGUUCUCUGCCUGCUCGCCUGGGUGUUUUGCUGAAGGACUGGGACAUCUGCAGAGAAGGGAGAGCGGCGGCGGCUGGAGCGUGCCCUGUUUGGGGCUGAAGUUCCUCCAGCGCCGGGGGCGGCGAGCAGCGGGGACGGGAUCGCGCUACCCGGAGCGUACACACAGACCUGAUUAAAAUUCAAGCCUAAUGGCCUCUGGCAUAAACAACGUUCAUCAGCCCGGGACUUGCAAUGGAUCUAAAGCCUCUCGCAGCGGCUCGGCAGAGGAAUGCAAUCGGGAUAUGCACGUGAAAAUGUGCAAGAAGAUUGCCCAGCUCACUAAGGUGAUAUAUGCCCUAAACACUAAGAAUGAUGAACAUGAGGCCAAUAUAGAGGCUCUGAGAGAGGCUCAUGAAGAAGAAAUUCAGCAUAUUCUUGCUGAGACAAGGGAAACAAUUCUCCAGUGUAAAAGCAAAGUUGAAGAAGAACAGUUACUGAGAAAACAUAUUCAGGCCCUUGAAAUUGCAGUAGAACAACACAAGAGAUUGAAGGAAGAAGCCUUGGCAGAGUUGUCAUUGUGCAAAAAGCAGGCGGAAGAGAAGGAGUUGAGAACAGAAGUGAAACAAGCACAGGCAGUCCUCUCUAAAGACAUGGUAGAUACCAAUGCAGGCUUUGAAAACAAGCUUCCACAUUUAAAUCAGGAGUUUGAUGAACUGCUAAAUGAAUGCAAAGCAUCUAGAAGAGAAAAUCUAGGUAAAAAAGUACAUUUAGGUGAAAAAUGCAGUGUGGAAGGACACGCUCUAAUAAAUGAGGUGGAAAACCUGAAGAGCAAAAACCAGAGAGCAACUGAAGAAAAUACUCAGAAAACAUACAAACUACAAGUCCCUUAUGAGAGAGAAAAAGAGACUUUGAGAAAAGCUAUGCAUCAGUCUGUGAUAGAAACAGUGAUGAAUUGUCAGCAAAGAGAAACAGAGCAAAGGAAGAUCUCAGAGACUGAGGAAGGUUUUUUGCUGCAGCAGGUAAAGAAGUUAGAGGCAGACCUAGAGGAGAAAAGCCAGAAGAUAAAUGAGAGGAAGAAGCAUUCCCAGAAGCUGAAGGAAAGAAUACAGGAGCUCCAGACACAGCUAGAUGAAUUUCAAAGAAAAUCAGAAUGUGAACUAAAGCAACUAGAGAAAGAGAAAGAAGUCCUAACUGGGAAACUUCAGAACUCUUCACUUGAGGUAGCUCAGCUGAAGCAAAUAUUAGACCAACAAGCAAAUAAUUUCAAGGAGUCACUGAAGAAACAUAAUCUGCAGUCCAACAAAGAAAAAGAGAAGCUUUUGCAGGAUCUUCAAAACACCAUUAAAGAAAACCAAAAUGUUAAACUGCAGUUGGAGGCAUCACAUCAAAAAGUCUUAAAAAUGUUGGAGAAAAGCAAAAAUCAGGAACUAAAGGAGGCAGAAGAACGUUUGAAAAAGGAAUUUAAUGAGACUUUCAAGAUCCAACAUCAGUCUCACAGGCUGGAAAUACAAACCUUGGAAGAGAAAGCAAAGAAAGAAUUACGAGAUGAACUUGAGCAGAUACAGAAGCAGCAAACCCUGUUGCUAGGAUCUCUAAGGAUGGAACUCUCUGAGCAACAAACAUCGUGCACUAACCUCAAGAAACAAAUAGAAGAACUACAAAUGGAGCUGAGGAGUGUGAGGACACUGAAGAAGCAACAGGAAGGAAGUAGCCAAAGCCAGAUCAGAUCUCUUCAUGAUGAACUGGAAAAAUGUCAGAGUGAAAUUUCUGAACUCAAGAAAGAGAAUUUACUUUUGAAGGACACAAUGGAGCUACUCAGUGCUGAGCUGGAGUCGCAGAAGCAAGAAGCUGCACAGCUUCAGGAUAGAGAUAAACAGCACAGAAGGCUACUGGUAGAAGACCUCAGUAUCAAGCAUAAAAAAGAACUGGACAUACUGAAACAAGAUCACCGGAAGGAAAUUGAAAACACAUUAUCUGAUUUCAGCAGCACUCAGGCACAUCUUCUAGCAAAGAUUUUCUCCUUAGAAACUGCACUUAAAGAAUUAGAAGAAAAGUCAAGAAAAUGGGAGUCCAGGUCAGAAGAUACACACCUUGUAAACUGUCUGCAAGACAAAUUAAGUGAGAGAGAAGAAAUCAUCAAGCAGCUGGUGGAAGGAAGAAAAUGUCAGCAUUCACUUUCAGCCAACACUGAAUCCUCCAGGAAUCGGUCAUUUUCUUUCAACCCUAAUACAGCAGGCUUGACUCCUUCCAUCAAGCAGCAGAAGAAAACACUUGAGGUGCCCAGUCGUGUUGUCAGUGUUCCGAAUUUAGCUUCCUACGCAAAGAGCUUUUUGAGCUGUGACUCGAGAUCAAAAAGAAGUGCUCCUCAAAUAACAAAAUCUACAAGCUUAGACCGGAGUCCUGGCUGCCUCAGGGUGGGCUCUCCAUCAGCACAGUCCUCAGACAGCAGUGCUGCCACAAGGGCACAUGGCAGUGAACCACCACAAACCAAAGAUGACCAAAAACAAGACCCUCAGCAUCAAGAAUGGUUUACUAAGUAUUUUUCAUUUUAAAGCAAACUAUUUCCAUAUUUCUCAGAAUUACUAGAAAAGCCAUUCCUGUUUUCUUUCAGGGAAUGAUAAUCCAAUAUAUGAUUUAAGAAAAGAAAAUAAAAAAAGUAAUUUCUAAGUAAAUGAUUAGGAAUACCUGCACUCUCUUACAUCUAUUAACUCUGGAGUUACAGGCAUGGAUUUCAAAAAAAUGCAUUUCUUUAACAACCUCUGUAAAAAAUGAACAAAAAGCAAAAAUACUGUUAUAAAAUUUUUAUAAUCAAGAGACUCUACCACUCCACCAUUUCAUUAAAUAUGCGAUUUGGACUCCGAUACAUCCUAUCAAUCUGGUACCAGCUGAAGAAAGGUCUUACUUCUGUACAUUUAUACAUUUGAUUCAUCAGCUGUUUAAAGUAAGUUAUGCAUAUAAUGAUGUGAUUUUUUUAAGUUUUUAACGGUUUUUGUUAAACUAAUCUUAAGCUGUACAGCAUGCAGUAUACCUUCAAGAAUAGCAUGUUUAUAGGAGGCUGGUUUAGAAAUAGUUUCAGGUUUGCUUAAUAAACUGUUUUGUAUAGUCAGUAUUGCAAUAUUCCUAUUGCAUUUCAAUACAUGUAUCAGCCUGAUAAAGUAGGAUGAUGUGUAAGUAUGAACAUUAAA